AUGUACAAAAAUAUUGUUCCUCUUUUAACUCUAAAUAAUGGCAAUAAAAUACCAUAAAUAGGUUAUGGUACUUAUCAGUGUAAAGGAAAAGAAUUAAAAGAGGGAAUCAAAUAUGCUAUACAAGUGUAAUCAAAUUCAUAACAAUAUUUUUUAGUGGAUAUACUCAUAUAGAUUCUGCCUCAUAUUAUAAAAAUGGCUAAGAUAUUAGAGUUCCUUAAAGAGAAGACUUUUUCAUUACUUCCAAAAUAGCUCCAUAAGAAUAAGGAUAUGAGAAUACUAUAUAAGCUUGCAAAAAAAUACUUUAAGAUUUGGAUACCAAAUAUCUUGAUUUACUAUUGAUUCAUUGGCCAGGUGCAUUAGGUUGUAAACCAAAUAGUCCUGAUAAUGCCACUAUUAGACUUUAAACUUAUAAAGCUUUAGAAUAGUUGUUUCAAGAAGGAUUAAUUAAAAAUAUUGGAGUGAGUAAUUUUUUAAAACAUCAUCUUGAACAUCUCUUGUAAUAUUGUAGAAUUAAACCUGCUAUUAAUCAAAUUGAAGUACAUCCCUUAUGUUGGGAUUAACCUACUAUUUAAUUUUGUUAACAAUAAAGUAAUUUUUCGUCAUAUUCCUCUAGACAUUUUAAUAGAGGCCUAUUCUCCUAUUGCAAGAAAUGAUCCUAAAUUAAUCUAGAAUAAAAAUAUGAUAGAACUUUCUAAAAAAUAUAAUAAAACAGUCGCUUAAAUAAGUCUUAGGUGGGCUUUAUAAAAAGGAUAUAUUGUAUUACCAAAAUCAAAAACCCCUAAGUACAUAAAAGAAAAUAUUGAGAUUUUUGAUAUUUAAAUCUCUGAAGAGGAUAUCAAAAUAAUCGAUAAUCUUAAUCAAAAUUAUCACACCUGUUGGGAUCCAAGUACAAUUACAUAUUGAUUGAUUAUUUAUUAUUUGAAACAAAAGAGUG